UUAAACGUCUUGUUGAAAAAUACAACUACAGAUGAGCGUAACCGUAUACACGGGAUUCAUUUCAGUUUUUACAUUGUUAAAUUUGAAUGCUGAGAUACACACGAGGUGACUCGCAAUGGUACCGGUAACUCUGCUUCAAUACCAGCGCCGAAUCUGUGAUUUUUGUUUCUGCUACUAAUUUACCAUUGAGAAUACAUCGUACGAUGGAAAAAACAUGUUCAGGGCCAAUUUACUAAUGCAAGCAUAAAACUUCAAAGGAUGUAACUAUGGCAGAAGGUGGAACAGAACCAAAACCUAGUGACAAUCAAUCAUCUAAAUUUCAGUUGGAGGUGAAUGAAUGUCUUGGUAAUUGGCUGGUGUACUUACAGACGCUCAAUGGCCUAUGCACAGCGGGUACAAAGUUGGCUCAAUCGUUACAUACACUUUUGUCUGCUCAUGAUACAUUGACACACUGCAGAUUAACAAGACAAUGUCUUGCUGGUUGGGAAGAGCUCACGAGAGCAACUUAUAUAGCAAGUAAUACCGUGAAGAAUCACAUCAUUUCUGCAUUAAGAGAUCAUGAAACUCGAGAAAAUGAAGGAGAUAAGCAUGACAUACUCAGAGAUAAUUUAUUGUCAUUCAUAAAUCUACAGUAUCAGUUUUGUGUUGCGUGUUGUGAAUGCCUAGGGGGAAUGGCAGAAUGCUCCUGUUCUCAAAGCGGUACAGCUGAAUGUGAUAUUGCUUCUCUUCAACAAUGUUUUGAAAGACUGUACAGCUCCCCACCGCUAGUACCUUCAUUGUCAAUGCAACAAUCUGUGCAAAAUUGUCAUAGAUCACCUUUGCCAUAUCCUUUAUUUCCUCUGCAGGUUCAGAGGAGAUGGUCCGAAACCGCAGCUGCGGAAAUGUCGGGUGAGAUAUCAGAAAAUCCUAUAAGAAGAUGGUCUAUGCCAUGGGAUUGUAGAAACAUCACAGACUGGCCGCGACAAAACGUUAGAUCGCGAUUAAGAAUACCUCAUCAAGACAGAAGUAGAUCUACUACACCAGAUACAGUAUGGAAAACAUCUACCAUGGCUAGUCAAGAUGGUUUGCAGGAGGCAAUUCAAUUGUUAUCUUGCAAACCAGGUGUGCACAUGAGAGAAAGAGUCAGACCGCUAAAUCAAUUGUCCGGUUAUACGAAUCAGCAUAUCCCAGGUGUUACAUUAACAACGUGCAAUUUUGAGUCGACGUAUGAUUCGACUGUUUGGUCAGGAUCACGUAAAAUAAGUUCGAGAUGUUGGCCGCACGACUCCCAUUCGAGCGAACAUUCUGAUCAAUCAGGACAACGCGAAAGUGACCAGAGUGUACACAGUGGAGAACACCGAGACUCGGAGCAAAGUGGUACUAGUGGUACUAGUCACGGGGACAGCAAGGACAGCAUUCAUUCGCAUAGUGAUCAUAGAGAAAUCGAACUUGGUACUGUAGAUACACUACCAUCACGUAAAAGCAGUACUUCAACAGAUUCUUGCAUAUCAGCUCAUAGUCGUUCAGGUUCCGAGAGCGCUGGUGGUGGGGAAUGUGCGAGAUCUCAGUUAUAUUCUAUGUGGAGCGGUGGUGAUUUGCCUUUCAUUAAAUUGCCAGAAAGCAAUGAAACGCAAGAUGAACAUCCGCCUGUAUAAAUACGUGGUAUGUAAACAUGUUUUAUGCUUUUCUUUCGAUGCUGUAAUAUUUUUUUUUGUAUUUAUAAGCGCCAAGCAAUAGCGCGCGUUAAUAAUGCGUAUAUGAAUUAAUGUAUGUGAUUGUUGAAAGCACGUAAAACGCGACAUUCGAUGUUUAAUAUAAAGUAGAGUUGAAUGAAUGUAUUUAUACAAUAUAUUGCGCGAUAAAUCAUUCAAAGAAUGGGAUACAUUCAAAAUAAAUCUAUUUAUGAUGAUUGUAAGAUUUUCGAUUGUGCUAGUUUAUUUAUAAAUGAUCUGAUUUGAUAUUGACUCCGUUUCUUUUUUUUUUUUUUUUUUUUUUUUUUCUCUUUAUUCAAUCAAUAAUAUUCAA